GCGUGCGCACACUCUAAACGUGAACGAAUGGAUGCGGAUGAGGUAGACGAGACAGUCAGACAAAUCAUACGCACAAUUCAAAUAAGGAAAUCAAUUUUAAUUUGCGAUUGGUGGACAAAAGGAAUAUCGUUAAAACGUGGUAUAUUUUGGAAUAUUUCGAGAAACCAUACUUAUUUACUGACAACGAGUUAAACGCCGUUUUCAGACCUUUAAUCAGAACUGAAAAACGCGAUACAGAAAAAUUCCCCCCAAAGAAUAUAAGGAUGGGGAAGAAAACAAAGACACAGCCCUAUCCUGAUACGACGAGCUCUCAGCAGCAGCUCCACUAUCAUCAACCCCCACCGGCCCGGGUAAGAAGGGCACCACGAGGUGUGAGCGUUAGUAUCUGCGUCAAAUACACCAUCUUCACAUUUAAUGUGAUCUUUUGGUUGUGUGGUGUAGCCAUCCUGGGUUUUGGUGUGUGGGGUCUCGUCUCGAAGAGUGUAUCCAGUGUGGAGGCCAUCGCAGAAGAGGUUGGAAUCAAGUUAGAUCCUAUGUAUGGGUUCAUCAUUAUCGGUGGAUGUAUCUUCAUAUUAGCAUUCUUAGGAUGCAUUGGAUCGCUGAGAGAGAAUACCUGUUUACUAAAGCUAUAUGUAUUUAUACUGGUUCUCAUCUUCCUGGCUGAGGUUACCAUUGGUCUUCUCGUCUACUUCUAUCAAGACAGAUUCUCAACACUUCUUGAUACAUGGGUGGAAAAGACUCUACUCAACUAUUUCGACGAUCCUGAUAGUCAGUUCUUAAUGGAUAACAUGCAGGAAGGCCUGGAGUGUUGUGGUGUUGAUACCCCUAAUGACUGGCAGAAAAACCCAUAUUUCAACUGUUCCUCGAUAGCACACUCCCGAUGUAGUGUUCCCUAUUCAUGCUGUGUACCCGACCCAACAACUAAUGUUAUCAAUUAUCAGUGUGGAUACGGUGUGUUACAGUUACCCCAGUCAGAUUGGUAUCAGUUUAUUUACACCAUAGGUUGUGCUCAAGCUUUGACAGAUUGGUUCAAGACCAACGCCAUUCUCUUGGGUUGCAUUGGUGGCGCCCUAAUUCUUAUGCAGUCCAUCGCUAUUUGUCUUGCUCGUUCACUGAUCGGUGAUGUCGAAGAGGUCAAAUCUUAUUGGUGAUAAAUUGCUUUUCGGGAAUGAAUAGUGUCAAUAGUUUUUUAAUGGGGCUGGUACCCCCACCAAAAUGAAUUCAUAUCCCUAAAGGAUUUUAGGGUGUUCUAACUGCCAUUAGCAUAGAAAAAUUGUUUGAGUUUAUAUGACCUCCUUUUCAUUUUAUUUCAUUAAGCUUUAAAUUUCAGAUUGACUGCAACAUAUCAGUACUGUUUUUACAAAGUUAAUAGUAAAUUGUUAAAGGUCAAGUCCACCUCAGAAAAAUGUUGAUUUGAAUCAAUAGAGAAAAAUCAGACAAGCACAAUG